CACAAAUGAAUUGGCAGGAGUAAGUCAGGAGGCACCUACCAAUGAAAGUCCACAGACAAAUGAAUUUACAGGAGCAAACCAGGAGGCACCUGUGAGUGAAAGUAUGUCAGAACAACUUUCCAGGUUUGAAGAUGAAGAAGGUGCUGAUGUUGCUGCAUAUGACAGCAAGAUUAAGAAAAUAGCACGCUCAAUUGUAUCAUCCUUUACAUUUGGAAUAUUUGGAGUUUGCCUGCUCUUAUUGAAUGUUGGUCUCAUCUUUGCCGACCUAAUUUUCGCUGAAAAGAAAGCUUCUAUCCCUUUGGAAUAUCUUUGUAUUUCUCUAUCUAUUGCCUUAUUUUUUCUCAUGGAUAUUCUUCUUCGAGUAUUUGUAGAUGGGAGACAGCAUUAUUUUUCUGACUUAUUUAACAUUUUAGAUAUUGCCAUUAUUGUGAUUACUCUGCUGGUUGAUGUCAUUUACAUUUUUUUUGACGUUAAGUUUCUUAGUGAUAUUCCCAGAUGGACACCCGUAGUUCGACUUCUACGACUUAUUAUUCUGGUAAGAAUUGUUCAUCUGGCUCAUCAAAAAAGACAGCUUGAAAAGCUGAUCAGAAGGCUGGUUUCAGAAAACAAAAGGCGAUACAUAAGGGAUGGAUUUGACCUAGACCUCACUUAUGUUACUGAACGUAUUAUCGCUAUGUCAUUUCCAUCUUCUGGAAGGCAGUCUUUCUAUAGGAACCCAAUUGAGGAAGUUGUACGGUUUCUAGACAAGAAGCACCCAAACCACUAUCGUGUCUACAAUCUCUGCAGUGAAAAAGCUUAUGAUCCUAAGCACUUCCAUAAUAGGGUCAGUAGAAUCAUGAUUGAUGACCAUAAUGUCCCCACUUUACGUGAGAUGGUGGUAUUCUCAAAGGAAGCAAGUGAGUGGAUGGCUCAAGAUCCUGAAAACAUCAUAGCGAUUCACUGUAAAGGAGGCAAAGGAAGAACUGGAACAAUGGUUUGUGCCUGUCUUAUUGCUUCUGAAAUAUUUUUAACUGCAGAGGAAAGCCUGUAUUACUUUGGAGAAAGGCGAACAGAUAAAACCAACAGCACUAAAUUUCAGGGAGUAGAAACGCCUUCUCAGAAUAGAUAUGUUGGAUAUUUUGCACAAGUGAAACACCACUACAACUGGAAUCUCCCUCCAGUAAGGAUACUCUUUAUAAAAAGAUUCAUUAUUUAUUCGAUCCAUGGCGAUGAAAAUGAUCUAAAACUCCAAAUAGUAAUGGAGAAAAGGGUUGUCUUUUCCUGUACUUCUUUAAAAAAUUGUGUGGUAAUUCAUGACGCUGAAACAGACAGAGUAAUAAUUGAUAUAUUUAACUGUCCACCUCUGUAUCAUGACGUGAAAGUGCGGUUUUUCUCUUCGGUGCUUCCUAAAUACUAUGACAAUUGUCCUUUUUUCUUCUGGUUUCACACAUCUUUUAUACAAGAUAACAGGCUUUAUCUACCAAGAAAUGAGUUGGAUAAUCCACAUAAACAAAAAACAUGGAAAAUUUACCCACCGGAAUUUGCAGUGGAGAUAAUUUUUGAGGAGAAAUGACUUACAGUUAAGUUGUAGCUGAUUAAGAAUAGUCCCCCCUUCCCCUUCUGGGAAAGAAUUAUGUUUCUUCCAACCCCCGCCACAUAUUUUUAUGUUCUAAAUCUUCCCUGCUGAUAUAUCUAUGUUUAUAUAUGUUUACAUAUGUUCUUGAUAAAUCUAUUAAAUAUAUACAGAUAAAACGUCAGUGUGUUUUUUUCUUUUUUGAAGGCAUAUACUUCAGUUUCCAUCUUGUAUUUACAUAAAUUUGGAACAGAGUACACAGAAACGUUAGGCAUCAUUUUGAAGAAUUUUGAAAUAGAACUUUCAUAUCAAAAUAAUUGAGAUAUUUAAAAAUUGUGAUUCCCCAACACCCACUUACUUAGAUAUUUUUGAUCAAGUAUUUAUUCCCUGCUUUGUUUCACAUUUGUAGUUUGAGAUUUAUUAGAAAGCUAAUUUAUAUUUUUUUCUUCUACUUCAUUUACAAACUGUCUGUUAACAGAUUGGCGGCAGACUUUAAAUCCAGGAGAGAGAAAUGUUUCACACAGCAGUCCCCUAGCUCCCAACACACACUCUUCUCUCAAUCCGAGUACUAAAUGGGUAGCUUACUUCACAAAUUUCUUUUAAUUCCACACAGACACGGGGGUUGGGAUAAGCAGAUUGUGGUAAAUAUGAAGGAUAGGUAAUCUUCAGUAAGUUCUGCUUUUGUAUAAAAUUGUAAGUGAAAUCAAAAGAAA